ACCCCACCGCGGGGUGCAGAGAAGGCGGCGCGCCCAGCCUCUCCGGGCCGAGCCCCUCCCCGGCCUGGGCGGUGCGGAGCGCGGAGCGACCGACCCGGCCAUUGCGCGCGCCCAGCCCGCCCGACCCCGGCCGCGGCGCUGCGCAGACCUCGCGGUGAACAUGAGCAGCCCGGCGGGCACGCCGCCGCCCCCUGCAUCUACGGCAUCCAUAGCGUCCCCCUCGGUGUUUCACUCUGACCCAAGGACACCGCAUACCACCGCACCAGCUCCUGACUCAUGGAUGCCCUUUUCCACAGUGACGGACAUCGCCAUUAUUGCAGCUGUGAUCACCGCGGUGGCCCUCGUCCUGCUCUGCCUUCUCCUUGUCAUGCUCCGGUACCUGUUCCGGCACAAAGGCACGUACCAUACCAACGAGGCCAAGGGCACAGAGUUUGCUGAGAGUGCUGACGUGGCCCUGCAGAGUGACCCUGCCCUCCAGGACGCCGGUGACCACAGCAAAAAGGAGUACUUCAUCUGAGGGCCGCCAGACCCUCCUCCCCAAAGCCCUCCUCUAAGUGCAGGACUGAAAACUCGCCUCCCAACCUCACUGGCACCACCAGGCAGACCCCACGGGCACAGGCUCUUCCUGAGAUUGGCACCUGAGGACAGGGUGCCCUCCUUGGGAGGGCAGCAGGAGGCCAAGUGUGAGACGACUCUCCAGGGAUGCAGUCCACCCGGGAGGCCAGCCUCUGUUCCGUCAAGAGGAGGGAAAGUCCAGACGUGCAGGUCUCCUGAGCAUGGCGGGAUGUCGGCCCAGGGGUUUGACUGGGGCAGGGGUGCAAGCAGGCAGGGCACCGACACUGACUGUGGGCAGCAGCAUCGAAGGUCAGCCCUUGACAUUUGGGGAGAACAGCAGGUGCCUGCGCUAAAAGGCACCUUUGUUUGCCAUUGAUCCCACUCAAAAAUGAUUGGAAAUAAAUUUGAAAUGCAACCA